CAACUUUACACACCUUUCUCCAGUCAGUGAACAUUUUCAAAGGAUUACACUUCCUACAGAUGACAAUUCCAAUGCCAAUCUCUCAAAAAUACUAGCUUUUCAAAGUAUAUAAAAGGACAUGCAUAGCUGGUUGUUCAUUUCAUUUGCUAUUUUUUCUUCUACUUUAUUUUGAUUAUUAACAAGACUUUUACAGACAGCCAAGCUCUAGGAUCUGAAAAGAAAACCAUAAAAUCAACUGAUCACAGAAAUCAGGUUUCUGAACUGUACAGCAAACAGAAACAGACAAGGAUAUGGCAGAAACAAGUGACCGAGCCCAGCUUCUGCAAAAUAUGAAGAACACACCAUUUCAAAACAAAUGCUGUAAAGCUACUUCAGCAAUCCUGAGUAUCUUGUUGGCAUUAACAACAUUAGUAAUAGGUAGUGUGUAUUUGAAUGAAUGCACCAAGCAACGCAUGAUACCAAUCUAUCUCAUUGUCAUGGGAUGUGUCACCAUUGUAUACAUCAUCUUUAAUGUGAUCAUGAAGUCAGUCAGCUGUGUUGAAAAUAAUGAGGAUUGGCUUCCAGGAGAUGUAAUCAAAGGAAUUAUCAUUUUCUUUCAGUUUUCUUGGUUUAUUGCAGGUAGCGUAUGGAUCUUUUCAACAUUCCAGCCCAAUUACAAUGACCCCAAAUCAGGAGAUUACUGUCACAAAGUUGUGUACUUGUAUGCAUUUUCAAUCACAGUGAUUGCAUACAUUUUUGUUGGUCUGAUGUGCAUCAUAGGCUCCUGCUGCGCACUUUGUGCAGCCAGUCUUGCACGUAAUGCAGCUGAUGAUCAGUCAGAAUCUUAAAUGUUGUGCCACUGUGUGUUGGAAGUUGUUGCACAUCACUGCAUUUUCUUUGCAUCUGAACUCCUAAAGAAGGCAACAUGUAUCACAGAUUAUCAAAUCGCUGAUAAUUUAUAAACUCACUUGUUGCUCUAGUUGAACGAGUUCUCAUGGCUUACAGUGUGUUUUAAUCUUUCUUAUUACAUUUUAAUCUAUUGUUCUUUACAAAGAACUAUUACAUGACUAAAAACUGCAUUUUUUCACCAUGUCAUUAAAUUAGACUCUUCUUAAAACAAUGAGGCUUUGUUAGAAUUCAUUUUAAUUAACAAAGACAGCAAUGGCUUGAAGUGCUACAUUAUUCAAUUAUUUCAAAUGCUACAUUAUUUAUUUGAUAUAAUUGAAUAAACUGAGUCUCUUGACAACCAUGCUCAUUUAUAAUACAUAAUGUCCCCCAAUUAGAUACAGCCGGAGUGAAAUACAGUAUAAAAAUGAUUUCUGUCUGAAAGUUUUUAAGAAACUAUAAUAUUCUCUAAAAGUACUUUGUAUCUUAAGCAAUGAGUAGUAGUCAUGUGGGUACAAAAUGGCAUGUUUGUGACUUGGUUUUAGAGAGCAGUGGUGACACUAUGUUUAGCUAACUAAAAGCAUAUAUACUUAGCAUUGUCUAGGACUGUUCUCAUUCUGGACUGUCGUACGGAACUUAAGUGAAAUAAAAUUUUCUUUGAAACAAAUGAAAUAAAUGCAUGUUUCUCAUUUCAGAAGGUUGAGUUUAUUUACAUAACUGACCAUAUACAACUGGAUGAAUUUGUUUUAACUGUCAUGCCCAUUAUAACUGAUCUGGGCCAGUAUUCAUAUGCAAGUCAACUGUAUUGCACCCAUGUUUGAAAGAGGCAUCAGGAUGGUACUGAGUUGCUUUGUAUAAAGCAGAUCUAGAACAUUCUAUAACUUACAUCACAGAAUAACCUCUGAAGAUGUGCCAUACAAACUAUCUAGAAAUAAUGUAGCAUGCUUAAGAUAUAAUCCAGCAAACAUGUGAAGGGGCAUCAAAAGCUCUAGUGUCAACAUGCAAAUAGAUUACUAUAAUAUGCAAAGCAGACACCUGCAUUUUAUAACCCAUCUUGAGCCCAUCAACAUGAAGUGCAUCCAGUAAGGUGGUGACAUUACAAACUAUCACCGUUGUGGUUUGUGUUGUCUCCAUCCACCACUCGCUCAAAUUCACACAGUAUUUAAAUAACACAUAUGUCCAUAAUGGCCUUAUAACCCUUUUCCAAUUCUCGUAAAACCAUCUUGAUGUUAGUUCCCAGUGUAUUGCUUGAAGUAUAUUGGAUUGUACACAUCCUGUUGCCAUGAUCCACCAUCCCCAUGGAGAAGAAAAUGCAAUACUCAUGAUCUAAUGAAGCCUGUCUAUUUCCAUUUUAUAUGAUCUAACAUGUACAGAAACAGAUUUGUUUGUUUUUCAAUUAAAUUGUACAGGUUAUAGGUGACAUUAAAAGCGG